GGUCGUUUCGCGAGUAAUUUCCUGCCGAUUUUUUUUUUCUGUAGACCCAAAAAACGCCCUUUAUUUUAGUUUAUACUUUACAGUGUUUUAGUGUUGGAUACGCCCUGUGGAUUUGCCCAGGAUUUGGUGUGUUUCCUUAGAAGUCACACUAAGUACUUACUGACUGAUGAUAAGGAAUUGUUCAUUUUAGAAUUGAUAUCUGUGCAUUAUUUUCAACUGGCGAUUAAUUAAGGAAUUGAUUUCUGAUGUUCAUUGAUACGUAGCCCCGUCGAAAAAUGGACCGCCACAGCGGGGGUGGGCCGCCGCCCCAUUUACGAGGGCGUCCCGUCUCCGGCUUGGAGGCGGCGCACGCCAACGAGUACUUCGAACCCUUUCUCAAUGCCACGACGCUUAAGAAUAUAUUAGGAUAUCACAGGUCGAUGUGCGAGUUCCUCCACCUCAAACCCAACGUUUUCACUCACUUCUACCCGAAACUCCGAGCCAACCUCACCUCGUGGAGAGCCAAAGCACUCUGGAAAAAAUUCGACGCCCGGGCGUCGCACAAAUGCUACGCAAAAGGAAAAUCAUGCGCAGGUACCCGAGUACUGGUAAUCGGAGGCGGACCUUGUGGCCUGCGCGCAGCUAUCGAGGCGCAGCUUCUCGGCGCCAAAGUGGUUGUUAUCGAAAAACGUGAUCGUCUGUCGCGGAACAACGUCCUCCACUUGUGGCCCUUUGUGAUCGAAGAUCUGCGCAUGUUGGGCGCCAAAAAGUUUUUCGGCAAGUUUUGCGCCGGCGCCAUCGACCACAUCAGCAUCAGACAGUUGCAGUGCGUUCUGCUAAAGGUGGCGCUGCUGUUGGGCGUCGAGCUGCAUACCGAAGUCAGUUUCGAGCAAGUUUUGGAACCCAGUUCAGUUGAGAAGACUGGAUGGCGGGCUCAAAUAAAACCAGACAAUCAUCCAGUGUCGCAAUACGAGUUUGAUGUUAUAAUUGGAGCUGAUGGGAAACGUAACACUUUGCAAGGCUUCAAGCGGAAAGAGUUCAGAGGGAAAUUGGCUAUCGCGAUUACAGCCAACUUCAUCAACAAAAAAACCGAAGCCGAAGCACGCGUUGAAGAAAUCAGCGGCGUCGCUUUCAUUUUCAACCAAAAAUUCUUCAAAGAUCUACAAAAAGAAACCCGAAUCGAUUUGGAAAAUAUCGUCUACUACAAAGACGACACCCACUAUUUCGUCAUGACGGCCAAAAAGGCCAGCCUUUUGGAAAAGGGCGUCAUAAAGCAAGAUUUAUCUGAUACAGAAAAGCUGUUGGCGCCUGAAAACGUCGACAGAGACGCUUUGCAAAAUUACGCCCGCCAAGCCGCAGAUUUCAGUACAAACUACCAAUUACCAGAGCUGGAAUUUGCUGUCAACCAUUACGGACAGCCCGACGUUGCCAUGUUUGAUUUUACUUCGAUGUAUGCUGCUGAGUAUGCUUCUAAAGUGGUUGAGAGGCACGGCUGUAGGCUGUUGAUGAUGCUAGUUGGAGAUAGUUUACUUGAGCCCUUCUGGCCAACAGGAUCAGGCUGCGCCCGCGGCUUUCUCUCCUCCUUAGACGCCGCAUGGGCAAUAAGAAGCUACUGCUCAGGCCAAAUGACUCCUCUAGACGUCUUAGCCGAACGCGAGUCCAUCUACAGGCUACUCGCUCAAACCACUCCGGACAAUCUGAACAAAGAUUGGAAAGCCUACACUUUAGAUCCAGCCACUCGUUACCCGAACCUCAACAAAAGCGUAGUCACUCCGCAUCAAACGAUUUGUUUGUACGACACUGACAACGCUAAUAGUAUAGAAAAAAUGAAGAGGGCCUCGUUGGAAGCUGCCGCCCGGUUGGAUCACGUGCCGAAAAAGCGUCGCAGAGGGAACGUUGAUAACGAGGUGCUGCGCAAUUGGUUGUCUGAGCAAUUACGCGAGCAUACGGAUAUAAGGAUUUCGGAUGUGAAUUCUAUAUUUCGCGAUGGCAAGGUUUUAUGUGCAAUCGUACAUCAUUAUCGACCAGAUUUGUUGGAUUUCGGUGCAAUUAAGGACAACGAUGCGGCCAAGUGCAAUCAAUUAGCUAUGGAUAUUUUAGAAAGGGAUUUAGGUAUCCCUCCGUUUAUGACUGGCGAAGAAAUAACUAACACAGAAGAUUACUUAGCAAUAACCACUUACCUGACUCAAGUCUACGACACUUUCCGAGGAGAAAUACCGCACAUUAAACAUCCAAAACUGGAACUACCAGAAAACAAAAACCACGCUUUCCCCUUCAAAUCCGUCAAAACGUCAAAUCAUCAAUUGACCGCCGUCCAGCCGAGACCGUCGAGCCGGCACAAAAGACACGCGGACAUUCUGGUACCGCCUAAAUUGACCGGCGCGGUGGACAAGAAGCAACGCAAACGUCGUACCAUGGAACGGGUCACGCCCACUAUCGAUCACGACACUAGAAUAACCGCUCUGAAACCCUUACAAAACACCAACGCCGAAGAAGACAUCGCCUCGAAAAUCAAAAGCUUAGAAGACAAAUGGAGCAACCGGCAACAAACCGAAAAGAAACCAAAAGAUUUGAUGAGAGCAAUUGGAAAAAUUGAAACUUCCGAUUGGAACAUUCAACAAAUCGAAAAGAAAAUCCUCGAAAACAAAAUAGGCAAACCUUCAACAUUAAACGCUGACAAAGAAAGAGUGCCCAAAUGGAGCAAGGAAGAGUUCAGAGCCAGGCAAACGAAAAUGGAAAAGAAACAUUUAGACGAACAAGAAAAUACCGAAACAAAAUAUGCCGACAUUGAUCGCAAUAUAAAACAGCUAGAGCUGAAACUAAAGGAGGGCACUAAUAGGGAGUUGGGCCAAAAUAAAGUGGCCACAAUCACUGAGAAGUUGGUCAGCAAAGUGCCUCAAGACAAGGAAAAAGUUGUCAGUGAGAAACCUAAAGCUGUUAAUUUGCCAAUACAAAGUGGCUCAGAGUUUUGCCAUUUUUGUAACAAGCGGGUUUAUUUAAUGGAAAGGUUGUCAGCUGAAAACCGAUUUUUCCAUCACGGAUGUUUCAAGUGUCAAUAUUGUCACUCUCAGCUCAGGCUGGGUUCUUAUAUGUUUGACCACGAUGGGCAAUAUGGUUUCAAAUUCUUUUGUAUGCACCAUUACGGGAUGCAAGGGGAGUUGCCCAGGCCCACUAAAGUUGCCAGGAAGUUGAGCCAGAAACGGGAAGUUGGUAGGAGUCCUCACAAAAAGCAUUUGUCUGGAGUUAAAGGAGUUGACUUGUUAGAUAGGGUACAAACUCCUGAAAGAAUCGAAUUUUCCAAUUUAUCCACUGGCAACAUUUCAUCCGACCACGAAGACCCUCUCAGUCAAAUGGACGAAGACGAAUGGACCGACAAAAACUUUGGAGCCUCGUGCAAUGAGCUUGACGAAAGCGACGACGACGAAUCUAGCAUAAGUGACACUGAUAGUGACGAUGAAGACGCAUACGACGACGCCUUAGAACAACCCAUAACCAAAGAGGGAACCAUGAAAUGGGCGGAAAGGUGGAAAAACAGUUACCGCAAAGGACGUCAUUCGGAUUCAGAUGGCUAUAGCAGUUCGGAUUAUUACGAAAAUAGUAGCGAUGAUUCCGAUUCUGAUACAGCCACUGAAGGCGAAGAAGAAAUCCGUGCCAGAGAGUUGCGCAGGCAAGAAGUCCGCGUUGAACCUCCUGUAGUACAAACUGACACCGGUACCGACACUGAGAUGGUUUCAGAAGAAUCUUCCUCUUCGAGCGAAAUUCAAAAUUCCGCCACGGAAAUUUCUACGGACUCAGAAUUCGCUCAGGACGAUCCGACGCCGACUCGCGAGCUGCCCUCGAUCGCCCUGAACGAUUUCCACGUGACCAAAACCCGCGGAAGCUCAAAUUGUCCGAAACGCAUUCAAGUUACCACCGGUUACAUACCGAACGUCGAGCUCAAACUCAGCCCUCUGGUACCCAGUAACUUUAGUAAAUUUAAAGCAACCGAAAGUUACGCUUUGAAUCGCACCCAAAGCACGGGAGGAAUUGCCGCAAAAGUAUCGCUAGAAUUGAAAAAGAAAUAUUUGCUUGGUGAAAGUGGCACUAAUAGCAUACAAAAGAGUGGUAGUGCUUCAACUUUAGACACUAAAUUCAAAAGUUUCCAAAACACUAUAACCGAUUGUCAGAAGUUAUUGAAACCGGCCCCUGAGGUAAGCGCCAGCAUGCAAAUGUUCUGCAAUAAAUUAGACGAAAGGCAAGCAACAGUCAAACCACCCCCUGACAUCACAAUAACCACCAUAACUGAAAACAAAGACGAUCAAAAUAGUGAAGUAAGACCAAGAAGUCCCAUACAUGAAGCCUCUAUAACGGUACCAUCUAUUGAUUGGUCUAAAAACAAGAGCCAAUCCUCAGACAGUUUGUCUUUGACAUCUCAAAGUGAAAACGAAGGUAGCAGCUUUCAUAUUCCCAGAGUUGAAGUGCACGAAGCUCAGGAAGAAAUGGCUUUGGAUUCUUUAUGCGUGGAAGCUCAAAAAACUAUUACAACUAAAGAGAAGAUUUUAAAUCAGCCAAAAUCCCUGCCCAAUUUGCACAACGACAUCCAUAAAGCUUUACAGGUGAAAGUAAAAGAAGAUUCUAGUGGUAAAAGUAGUCCAACAGCUCUAACUGAAACUGAGCUAUCGGAUUGGGCCAGAGACGAAAACGCCUCAGACAGUAUCGAUAUGGACAUUGAGUCUGAUAAAAAGAAACCACCCAAAAUUGCUCAAUUAGAAGAGCACGUGUGUGGCAAAACAAUUUUAACUGAAGCUUUGAAUAAUGCCCUCACUGGCAAUUUGGAUCACAUUGAGUAUAUGGACACUGGUACAGAAACCAGCAGCGAUGAUGGUAUUGUAGACAGUCAAAAUGGUUACGUGUUGCUUAAAAAUGAAGAACAAGAACAAGAGAAUACAGGUUAUUGUGAAAUUGUAAAUAAUUUCGGUGGAAAGGUGAUUGAUUUGAAACCUCAAGAUUUGCAGAAGUUGAAACAAAAACAAGCUUUAACAGAUCACGAAGAGGAUAGUCUUGUUAUAAUCGAUACGACUACUGAGAGUGACUCGACUGUUAAAAAUAUAACAGAAAUACAUCCGGCUGUUAAAAUUGAAAACCUCCAAAAGCAACGCCUAGAAGAAAAAUUGGCCAAAGUCAAACAAGAAAUACAAUACGAAGAACACUGUCAAAGGUUGCAGUCGAAAGUUGAAUUUGGCAACGCACGCGAUUCAAUUGACAUAAGAAAAUCGAGACGAAAAAGCAAAAGUGACUCGCCUCAACAAAAGCCCGAUUUGAUUCAAGAAGAAGAACAAACUCCACCUAAAAACAUUACAUUAGAUCUUGCCCCAAUAUUGUACAAAAAAGAAAACAUCAAAAAAGAGCGUGACAUUAACAAAAAACUAAUAGAAGAAAUGGUUAUGAAUAAAAUGAAAGCCGAAAACAAAAGUUUAGAAAGAAAAAAGCGAAAUAGAAAUAACUUAGGCAGUUUGAGUCCCCACAACAAUUCCACCCCUGAUUUACUAUCAAACACAACUAGACCUCUAAGUGUUUUUUCCACAAACAAACUCCCACAAACCCCUUUAACAAACCCAGAAAACUUCAAUUUGUUUACAACUCCUAAAGCGCCUCCGCGUUACAACAGGCCCUCAGACUUAACAAAAACUGCUGAAAAAAUGAAAGAAAAUGCCAGAGCAAGAGCUCGUUUGUUGUCUAAUGAGGAUUUAGGCCUUAGCCCUGAAGACAAAAUUAAUAGGCUAAAAGAAAAAUUCAAUAGCAAAAAGUGUGUGCAAGAAAGUAUUGAGUCUUUAGUACUAAACACUGAAAGAAGGAAUUCGUUGUUGUACUCCAAUGACACUUUAACCAAAAAACGUAAUUCAUUUAAACUGAGGCCCAAAUCCGUAUCGGAAAUACCCAAAAGUUUGAGUGUAUUGAAGAGUGGGAAGCAGCAAGAGGAUGCAAACAAAAAAAUAUGCAAAUCUGAUCCGAAUCUUUUGUGUAUGAGUGAUAAAAAGAAGGGCAAAGAUGGGGAGAGGAGGAAAAGUAUUACCAAGCUUAUAGCUGGGAUUUUUACCAAAAAAAGUCCCACUGGAGGAUUGUUUGCUAGAUUGUCGCCAAAAUCAAAGUCCUUAACGAGUUUGGACUUGAACAAACAUGAACCAAAACCACCUCGCAAAAGCCAAUCAGAAAUCAACAUGAAGCGCCCCCAAGAACCCACUCCGCCACCAAUACCACCGUUACCAGUCAACUACAGUAUCAAGGACGAAAGUAGCGACGGCGAAUUGCAACAAUCACUAGACCAAUCUGCAGCGGGUCCAGGUGGUAGCAAAAAGCCUGGCAAAGCUAGACGAGUAUCCAGACAGGCUCAACUGAAACGGCAUCGCAUGGCCCAAGAAAUCCAAAGAAAAUUAGAAGAAACUGAAGUAAAAACGAGAGAAUUAGAACAAAGAGGCGUCGAAGUUGAAAAAGCCUUGCGAGGCGAAGACGAUGGCAGUUGCCUCAAAGACGAAGGCGAGUUGUUGCAAGAAUGGUUUGAUUUGAUGAGGGACAGAACAGAAUUGAGGCGCUAUGAAAAAGAACUUAUGGUGCGAGGCCAGGAAUUGGAGCUGGAAGACAGACAUGCAAGGCUACAAGCUGACUUGAGAGAAAGGCUUGAAUCAAAUGGAAACAAAACUGAAGCAGAUUUAAAAAUAGAAGAAAGCAUUAUUAAUGAAAUGAUGGAAAUUGUUGCUAAACGUGAUACACUUAUUGCAGUCUUAGAAGAGGACAGACUAAGGUACUCACACGAAGACAAAGACUUGGAAGAACAAAUGCUCUCAAAGGGAUUGAUGAUGACACCUAUACAAAAAACUCUUGAAAAAUAGGAAUAGAAUUAUAUUAUAAUUAAUUUUACGUAUAUUAUUUUAUUUUUUUGUGCUCAUUAUUAUUAAUUAUUAAGGCAAAUUAUUUAUUUUAUACCAGCCUCUUUAAUCCAAUAGAAGUUACUACUAGUCUUUUUGCUAAAUGUAAUUUUAAGGUGCGUUUACAAUUGAUUAGCCUCCAGCGCCUCCAGAUUGUAUUUUUGCAAAACGUAAGGAAUUGUACAGAAUUGUAAAGAAUUAUUUUGUGAAUGCGAUUGUUGUUUUCUUGUAAUUGUGUGAAUAGAAAUAAAAAAAGCUUUUUUUACUGGUCAA